AUGGCUGGCUGGUCAGUCGACAACCUGGUCGUGUGGUGCAUUGUGCGAUGCAUGACCUGCAUCGGUUCGCUCAUCAGGUGGCUCUUCACCUGGCUCUUCGACUGCCUCUUUCCUGCCUCACUUUUUCGCAACAGCAACCAGAAGAAGGAAGAAGAUGCAUGUUUGCUCGGCAGUGAGCAUUCCGAGACCCGUUCCGAAAGGUCGGGUAUGGGUAACAUUCUUUCCGGAGCAAAGUGGAUACAACCACGCCACACUCAACCACGGACUACGGAACCCCAUAGUGGUGCUGAACCCUGUGGUGCUGAACCCUGUGGGACUGAACCCUGUGGUGCUGAACCCUGUGGGACUGAACCCUGUGGGACUGAACCCUGUGGGGCUCAACAUACUGAAUUGAGCGCAGGUCCAGAGUUGACCAUUGCAGCCGUACUGGGCACUGAAGGAAACACAAAAACCGAAUCGACGAUGGCGACGGAAGGGAAUUGUGGACCUCCUUUGUCGUUACCCUGGAACUUGUUGGAUGACGCGGGUCCGGAAGGAUAUCCCGAAGGCAGUCCAACAAAUGACGAGGUAGCGAUAGCCCUAGAGAAGUCAUUCCUGGAGGAGGGGUGGCCGGGGUCAAUACAGAAGGAGGGGUGGCCGGUGUCAAUACAGGAGGAGGGGUGGUCGGGGUCAAUACAGAAGGAGGAGUGGCCAGAGUCAGCACAGGAAGAGGGGUGGCCGAGUUCAGCACAGGAGGAGGGGUGGUCAGAGUCAGCACAGAAGGAGGGGUGGCCGGGGUCAAUACAGAAGCACGGGUGGUCGGGGUCAAUACAGAAGCACGGGUGGUCGGAGGCGAAGCAGAGUGCGGCUCACGCAGGGGCGGAGUGCUGUGUGUCGGUCGGUGAUGAGUGGAAUGUGCAGUCAACUCGCUGGUUCAAUUCUCGGCGUGACAUCUUUGACUUUCUCAGCGGUCAUUUUAUGGCUAAAAAAAGAAAUGAAGAAAAGUCAGCGGCGCAAACGGAGGACUACCGCGGCACUGGAGUCUGA